AUGGACUCGUUGGAGGCUCUGGUAGCACACAUCCAGGCGCUUUCGGGGAGUGUCGAGGAGGUUUCUCACCUCCAUUCCCUGCUGAAACAGGCGGAGGCGUCUCUCCAGUCGCAGGCAGCUCGGUUGUCUUCUUUUCUGGGGCAACUCGACGCUUCGAAGCAUUCUCUGGGUUACCUCUACAUCCUGUAAGGGUUUCGUAUUGAUCGUGCUUAGCGUUUUCUGGCACCGUAGUUGCUCUAAUUCUUUGAUCGUUUGGUUUUCGAUAUCGAAGGAUUGCGGUCUCCAAUUGAUUAGCCUAUCUUCUUAUCCCUUUCUAAAUGUUCUAUGAGUUUUGAUCUAUUUUUGCUGCCAAAACGUGACGUUUGUGACAAUGUUUCUUGCUCGUGCGUUUGCAGGGAGGCAUACUCUACUUCUAUUUCAAGGGAGCAGGCUAAUGAAUUUCUUCCAUUUGUCAUUGGAUUUAUCAAUGAAUGUUCACCAGAGCAGAUACGAUUAGCCCCUGAGAAAUGUAUGGAAGAGUACUUUGAUCUUUCUUUUAUUUGUCACUUGUCCUCCCUUCAGAACUAACUGUCGAUGCAUGCUAACUAUGGUGAAUUGCACUGACACUUAUUUGCAGUUAUAUCUGUUUGUAAGAGAUUCAAGGACCAACUGAUGGAUCUAAAAACACCAAUUCAGGGAGUAGUUCCUCUAAGAACGGCUGUUCGUAAACUCCAAUUAUCCUCUGAGCAAUUGACUGCAUUACAUUCAGAUUUUCUUGUUCUCUGUCUGCUAUCAAAGUGCUAUAAAGCUGGCCUGAGCAUACUUGAUGACGAUAUAUAUGAGGUUGAUCAACCUAAGGAAUUGUUGCUGUACUGUUAUUAUGGGUAAGCACUCCAGUAUUCCUACUUUAGUUAAUCUACUCUGAGAAAGCUAAAAUGACUGCAUUUUGAAGUACAACAGUUGUUCUAAUUUUCAUCACUCAAGUUUUGAGAACAACCGUUGUAGCUAAAUUUCGUUCCAUUUUGAAAUACCUGACUGGCUGUCACAUUUAUAAAUUCCCCUAUGAAAACAUGGAACUAGCAUUCUCACACUAUCAUAUGCGUUUAUUUCCUGGCAAAUUUUUCGGGUGAAGACAAUCCAUCAUUCAACACUUAGUCCAGGCUUUUAUAGGAAUCACUAUGUUUCUUACUUUUCAUGUCCUUUUUUCCCAGACAUAUAAUCACCAUUUUUCACUUUCCUGUGAAAGUUAGAAUCCGAUUUGCAAUCGUUUAUUAUGGAGACCUGAACAUGGAAACCACGUAAUGUAUGCCAAAUGACACUUACUGUUGGUUGUUGACUUCCUUAGGCAAAUGAUAUGCGACCUCAUUCCUCGAGGUAGCUUCCAUGAGCCUGCUGAGCCAUAUGUCUGAUCUACAGCGUCCUUGUUUUGAUAUAUUUAAGAGAAAGGUUCCCAGGGAAGUUCUGGUGGUUAUGGGUAAGAGGCAGACACCUGGCCUUGGGUUUCAUCUUACUAUAGUUCUCGGAAUGUUCUCUAGAAGGAACUUUGAAGGCUGUCCAAUUCGUCCAACGUGCAGGGAAUAACGUUGACUCUCUUCAAGAUUAAAGAUCAAUGUGUUUACUUAUUUUGUUAUGGAAAAUAGUACUGAAAAAUUCCUUGUGGGCUUGCAUUGGUGCUAGACAAAAUAGUUCGAUCAUACAAGUUGGAUUUGUGUAGAGCAUCAUAUACUUGGUCACUAUCUCUGAAAGACAUGGAAUCUGGAGUUCCCAAGAAGAAGUUUGUCUUAGGUUUAACACCUAUAGGCAUCUAAAAGAAGAGAGAGUUCAAAGAUAGGACAAUCCCAUUGAAGAACAGAUAUAAUGUCUGUGGAAUGUCUGAGGUAGAGUUUUCAUAGCAUCACCUUAGGUGACAAGAUGGGGAAGACAAAGCACCCAUCCCACCUGGUCGAGAAUCUCUGUGAAUGGCCAUGCUUGGGCAAAUGCGAACUUGAGAAUGCCUGAAUAAAUGCGUGUGAAUGUUAUUCGUUGACCAAAAUGCAUGCUCCUUUGCACCCGUCUCAUAUCGCUGACAUACAUCCAGAAGGCUAUAGAUGAACUAUUUUAAUAUAAUUUUAAUUAAAAAUGAAUGUAACCGUUUAGUGAAUAACCAAACAUAUAAGAAAGUAUAAUUUUUUAAUUCUUAUGAUGGUAGUAUUAAUCGGUAUUUUAUUAUAUAUAAAUGAUUUAUUAAAUAUUUAUCCAUAUGCUUUUAUUCGAAAUGAUACAUAGAUUUGAGGAAAUCAUCUUAACACUUAUCUUGCGGCCUAUGUAGCAAGCCUGCAGAGCAUCACCUUGAUCACCUUGAAAAAAUCUAAGGUGCAGAGACAUAGAAUUCUAUGUGAACAAUGAAACAGGGAUCAAGAGCAGUUCAUCGGAAAAUGACUUUUAUUGCUUUUGGCAACACUUAAAUGUAUGCUACUAUAUGUGUAUGUCUAUGUAUCAAUAUAUCUGAAAAUGAGCAAUAAACAUGUUCGCCUCCGAAAAUCGUAGUGUCCUUUGUCGUUCUUGAAAAUCCUAAACCACUCUUGCAGUUCAUCUUAAAAUUUGGUAAACUUCCCUCUCUGCUGAUAAGUUCAACCUCCUGAACAUAGGUAUUGAGGUAAAGAAAGUUGACUGGAGUUGUUCUCUAAGAUCCUCAUAUGGUUCAUAUAUUUUUUUGCAAUGCUCAGUGGUUCUAUUGUCGCAGUGUCCCAGUUCUGUGCUUUGAGUAUUUUCCGUCUUUUCUUUUAAAUGCUCGUUUAAUUAUUCAGUGAUUUCUAUCUUUUUACUUUUUUGCAUGUGUACCAAAUGACUAUUUUGUUAGCAAUGUCAUCUCAGGAUUGUUGUAGAUUCACAAGAAUCGUAAUAAAUCACUAGUACUGAUACCAGUUUGAUUUGUAACAGGGGAAUGAUCAAUAUAGGAUUAAAGCAUUUUCGCAAGGCAUUGGAAUUCCUUCAUAAUGUGUGUAAGAAAUAUAGAGUUCCAAUUUAUUCAUCAUGGCACAACACUGAACACUGAUGUUAUGAAAUUUUGUCAGGUUGUUACUGCACCAAUGACAAAUUUGAAUGCGAUUGCGAUUGAAGCAUACAAGAAGUACAUCUUGGUUUCUCUUAUUCAAAAUGGGCAGGUUUGUGUAGCCUUUUUGUCUGUUUUUAACCGUUUCUAAUUUUGAAUUUUCUGAUGCUCCACUGGUUUCUGUUUCUAUGCUUAACUCAAGUUCACUAUCAGCAUUCUUUUGCAAAAACUGCCAAGUUAAUUACCCCUUGGUGAAUUAUCCUUGGUGAAUUCUUGGAUCAUAUGAAUAAUUUUUAUGAGAAACUGGUGUAACAGAUGACCAAAAGAUAGGACUGGGACAUCGCAUUGUUUCUUCCGUUGCCAACAGCAUGAUCUCCAUCAUUUUGUCUUUGUAUCCUGCCACUAAUUUGCAAAAAAAAUAAUAAUUGCAACUCCAAGCAAAUGUGUAAACCGAAAACAAGCCAAUUCGUGAGGAAGAAUAAUCUCACCUACAUUCCUUCCAUUAGUUUGUCUGGAGAUCGUUAAAUUGUGUAUAAAAACUUGUCUAUCAUAUUUAAUUGACACCAUAAACAUCCUUUUCUUACCACAAUUGUUGGUUUCAACUAUAUCAUGAUUUGUUUAAUUUAAUCUGAAACUAAAUUUAUGGUUCGUCUAAUAAAAUAUCUGGUAGCAUAAAAAUUACAAAAAGCUUAUUAUCGAGAUCCUUUGGAAGACUGAAAUCCUACGUAAUUGGAAACCUAAAUAAACCUUGUGAUGCCAAAGUUCAGUCUUUUGGAUUGCAGUUGUUUCUCGUUGAAAUUCUUAGUUUCAUUUGUGGCAUUCUAAGUUAUAUUGGUGGCAAGGUUGGCCUAUGCUGAUCCUAACUCAGAGUAGUUUGGAUUUGAUCCUCAAAUUAGUUGAUUAUGGUUGAACUUAUUGCUCUGAAUAAAUAGUACAGAAAGAUAAAAAAGGAGAAAAAGUUAAUGAAAAGAAAACUGCCUUUUGUUGUCGUCUUCCUCUCCUUUUUCACGCACUUUUUCCCUCCACGUUAUUUCCUUCAGAUAUGACUGAUUGAUUGCCUGGCUUCUGGCACCUUAUCCUCCUAUUUCUCCUCGUCCUUUUUUCCCCUUCCUUCCUUUUCUCCAUGUCUUCCUCAUCUUUAUGAUUUUGCGCCACUUUCUUAUCCUCCUUGUUUUCAUCACCUCUCGUCACUCCCGUCCCCAGUAAGAGCAUGAGGUUUCAAAAGUUUAUUCUCUUCUGAUCCCACCAUGAAAAUGCAUUAAUCCACUAAAAUACAUAUCCUCUGCCACAGUCAUCAAAUCCUUUGUACACCUCCGCAGAUUCUAGUUGCACCCGUGGGUGACUACAGUUACUUUUUAUGAAAUUUAGCAUUAAUAAGUUAAUUGGGUUGCUGGAGCUUCUGAACAUUGGGGCAAUUUUGAGAAAGGAUUGUUGCUGAUGCGAGGACUUCUCCAAAUAACCAGUUUUGCCAUCUUUUUGUCCAUUUUGGACAGAAGGAUAUUGGUAAUUUCUUUAGUGAAGGAUAUUAAUCAUUGUUGAUAUUACUAUUGCAAAUAAUCUAAUCUCUUAUUUGAGGACAUUGGAGUUUUGAACGUCUAAAUAUCUCCGAAGUGCUGCUUCCUCUUUAUGAGUUUCUUCAGUAAUCUCUUUAUAUAUGGGGAGUUGCUUUCUUUCAUUUUUUAUUCAACUCAUUUAUUUGAACCAUAUAACUGUUAUCAAUUAAUGAAUGACCUCUAAGUUGAUUUUUUGUCUCUUGACUUUUCUAUUUCAAUCAAUCUUAUGCGAUCACAAGUUAUCACUGUUGAUCAUUAUGCUGUAGUCUUUAUUGGGCUCAUAAUUUGAACUUACUCAUCAUGGAAAUGGUUAUUGUGUCAAUUAAACGCACUAUGGAAAGCCUUGGAGACCUACACUGUUAGUAAUCUUGAAGGUUCUUUGACAGGUUCCUCAAUUUCCAAAAUAUACGUCCUCAGCUGCUCAGAAGAAUCUAAAAAUUCAUACUCAGGCAUGUUUCUGACGCUUGUUACAGAUACCUGUGAAUUUGGUUAUUUUUUGUGAAUUUUGUGUCGUUGAAUUUAAAUAUUUCAACUAAGCAAGGUUCCAUACACUGAGAUAGUGUAAUAUCUGCGUAUAGCAAUAAUUAUUUUUGAUUAAGAGUUUUGGCAAGCAUCCACCUUAAAGUACCUCCACCCCCCCUUUCCAGGUAGUGUUUGUCCUCUUCCCAGCAUCAAACAAGGAACUGCUGGGGGGUAGGAGAAAGAACCUGGCAAAGCAUGUCAAAGCACUUCAAGUGGAUAUUAUUGAAAAACUUUCUCCGUGAAAUUAGCUCUAUUAAAAAACACUGCUGCAGUGGCCAGCAAUAAUUGUCCGUGGUGAUAUGGCUUUUGGCUGAAACUCUGUAGGGUUGUUUUCUCCCUUUCUUUAUCGUUUCCUUUCGUUUCUUUGCUCUGCUGACCCUUUCUUUCAUACUCUCUUCAAUAGAAGCACUACUGCUAGAAUCCAGCCAAACUUGGUGAGAUUGGGUCAGAUUAACUAGCAAAUUGGCCAAUCUCUCCAAAAUGAAGAGAAAAAACUGAUUAGCUAGUGUCAAUUCUGAUUGAAAUCAGGUUUGAGUAUCCUAAGUACAAUAUCAGAGAUUUGUGAUAUGGAUAACUGACAAAAGAGAACAUGAUAUGAUGCCGUUGGAGUCCAAAGGUGAUAGUUAUGAAACUGAACGGGCGGGAAUGAUAGAACAUAGGUGUACUUGUCAAAUAUUCAUUUGCUAGUUUUGAGGAGACGAUAGCUAUACCAUCACGUAGCGCUACUUUGGCUUUAUAGUACCACUGAGAGUACAAUCAUGAGAUCUUAAGUGACGCUCAAUUACUUGUAUGGGCUGCUGACUGCUCCUGCCACUGUUUCUUUUAUGGCUUAUAUGCUUACACCUGGAUAAGAUCUGAAACUUUUCAGAAUGUUUCGAGAUAGCGUAGUGUCUAGUCUUUUCCUCAUUGUGUCUUCGUUCUUCUCUCUCUUUCUUACUGCUUCUUACUUCGCCAGCAUUUGUACUUGUCUGAGGAUGUGCGUGGACAAUGAAGUAUGCUACUAGAGCCGUAUUCAAGAGUAUUCUGUGAUCCAGCAGCUAACUAUAUGGCGUUCCUUCUGUUUUCUUCCUUGCAGCCGUAUCUCGAUUUGGCAAUUAGCUAUUCAAGUGGGAAAAUUUCUGAAUUGGAGGCUUGCAUCCAAUCUAAUAUGGACAAGUUUCACAGCGUGAGGAUAUAUAUAGUUUCUUUUUUGUGGUUUUAGCUUUCGUUGCAACAUAUUUUGUAGUAAAAAUAGGUAUGAUGCGCUAAUCUGGCAAUUAUUCACGAUAAUGGUUCUCCUAGGCUUCAGUUGUCUGAUGAUCUGUUACAUAGUUUGAAAUAUUGGAUUAGGCAAAGGAACACGUAAAAAUAAUGACCAUCCUAACUCUUAUGUACAUUUUUAAGGACAUGUCUGAAGUAUCAAUGCAUUCCUUCAGGACAACAACAUGGGGCUGGUGAAGCAGGUGCUGUCAUCCCUAUAUAAACGCAACAUCCAAAGACUGACGCAGAUGUACUUGACUCUAUCGCUCCAAGACAUAGCCAACGCUGUGCAGCUUCAGACGUCCAAGGAAGCAGAGAUGCAUGUUCUUCGGAUGGUAGCCUCGCUCAUCUGGAAUCAGACUAUCAGUUUUCUCUAAAAGUGGGUGGUGGAUUCGAUCCUGUAAUUGCUUUUUCUAUCUCCAGAUUCAAGAUGGUGAGAUAUUCGCUACCAUAAACCAGAAAGACGGAAUGGUCAGUUUUCACGAGGACCCAGAGCAGUAUAAAUCUUGUGAGAUGAUUGAGCGUAUCGAUUCAUCAAUUCAGAGGUAAUUUCAUCAUUUCUAUAGCUCAUUCCCAGACCCAACUAUGCUAUUGUGGACUAGAUUAGUGAGUCAUGACAAUGUAGCUAUCAUCUCCAUCUCAAGACUAAGAAGACCCCAUGGGGGUAUUCAUGAUUAACUCAGGAUAAUGGCCUUGUCGAGGAAGCUCACAGCAAUCGACGAGCAGAUUUCUUGUGAUCCUGCCUACGUGACGAAGGUGAGGAUCUAUGACAAAGACACCUUCUCUUUUCAACCAGUUUUGUAAUGGAAUCCACCAUAAAUGCCACCAGGUUGGGCGAGAACGCCCGAGAUUCGACUUUGAUGAUUUUGACUCGGUGCCCCACAAGUACAUGUGA